UCACACCAAAGAAUACACACUGGAGAGAAACCCUUUGGCUGUUAUCAAUGUGGGGCGAGUUUUUCUCACUUAAGCAGCCUGAUAGGACACCAGCGGGGACACACAGGAGAGAAACCUUAUAGCUGUGAUCAAUGUGGGAAGAGUUUUACUACAUCUAGCAAUCUAACUAUACACCAGAGAAUUCACACAGGAGAGAAACCUUAUAGCUGUGAUCAAUGUGGGAAGAGUUUUACUAUAUCUAGCUCUCUGACUAUACACCAGAGAACACACACAGGAGAGAAACCUUAUAGCUGUGAUCAAUGUGGGAAGAGAUUUAUUCUACUACAAACCCUGAAAUCACACCAAAGAAUACACACUGGAGAGAAACCUUUUGGCUGUUAUCAAUGUGGGACGAGUUUUUCUCACUUAAGCAGCCUGAUAGGACACCAGCGGGGACACACAGGAGAGAAACCUUAUAGCUGUGAUCAAUGUGGGAAGAGUUUUACUACAUCUGGCAAUCUAACUAUACACCAGACCUCAGCGGAAAAACCCAGGCCCUGA